AUGGCACCUCAGGAAGGGCUAAUUCCCACACCCGGCAUGCUCCAAUCAAGAGCCGAAGGGACCCAUCUCGCCCGACACUGUGCCUGGGGACCAGCAGGGGGCAGCCCAGGGACAGGUGGGCAACACCUGAGAGAGGAUGGAAGCUUCAACAUCCGCCACCUGAUAGUCAACCUCAACCGACCUAGGCCUCACAGAGGCGGAGCCAUGGGAGGGACGCUGUGGGAGGGACCAGCAGUGAAUCAGCAACAGGUGUGGGAGGGGACCCAGCCCAUGACCUGCCUAUCUGGUGUCCACAGCAGUGGCAGCCAUGUUCCCCAUAUUCUGCUGGGUGUGCUAAUGACAUGUGCCCAGACAGUGAUGAAGAGGGUUGUUGGAGACAAUGCCACGCUGCCCUGCCACCAUCACUUCUGGGUUGGUGAUCAUCCCACUCUGGACAUUGAGUGGCUGCUCCUCAAGCCGACCAACAGGCAGAGAGUGGUGAUUACCUACUUUUCUGGAAGAGUUUUUGACCCCAACGAAGGACAACGCGGUCGUGUAGCUUUUGCUGGAGAGUACUUAAAAGGCGACGCAUCUCUGCUCAUCAGUGACUUGUCACUCACAGACUCAGGAGAGUACAGCUGCAAAGUCAAGACUGGGCCACGGUACCACUGGAGUACCAUCAGUCUCACAGUGCUAGUGAAGCCAUCUGAGCCACAGUGCUGGAUGGAGGGCAAAUUCUUGGAAGGCAGUGAUGUUAAGAUGAGCUGCAAGUCCGCUGAUGGCUCUGAUCCUAUCCAUUACAAAUGGGAAAAAGUACUGGACGAAGGCAAAUAUGUAGACAAGCUGCCUCCACUGACACUGAUAGAUUUCAAAACCCCAGAGAUUGUGGCACUGAGGAAUUUGACCAAGGACGAUGCCGGACUCUACAAAUGCACAGCCAGCAAUGAUGUGGGAGAAGAGAGCUGCACAGUGGAAGUCAAGAUACACUAUGUGAAGGGAAUUGGUGUGGUAGCAGGUGUAGUGGUUGGUGUGUCCUUCGCCAUUCUGCUUAUCUUACUCAUCAUCUGGUUGGUAUUCUGCAAAAAGGACAUGGAAAAAAAUGAAGAGGAGGAGACGCCCAAUGAAAUCAGGGAGGAUGCAGAAGCUCCCAAAGCCAAACUAGUGAAGCCCAACUCCCUCUCCUCAUCUCGCUCUGGCAGUUCCCAUUCGGGCACCUCCUCCACCCAGUCCAUGGUGCACAACUUGGGACCUAAUGUCAGCAUGCCUUUGUUCCUGCUGUGGCUGCCCUUAACGAGAACUGCCAGGCUUUCCCACAGUCUCCACCUGAAUGCCAUCAGAAGAUUCCCAAGAUCCCUGAACAUCUUUUGCACCCACUUCCAUGUCUACCUCUCACUCCAAACCCAGUCACUGCUGUUAUGA